AUGCCUGACAGUGCCACCGUGUCCCCUCUCUCAGCCUCGCAGGCGGCCGGUGACCCCUGGAAGGACAGCGGGGACAUUUCGGACAGUGGCAGCAGCACCACCAGCGGUCACUGGAGCAGCGCUGGCAGUGCCACCGCGUCCCCUCCGCACUGUCCCGGCAGUGCCACCGCGUCCCCUCCUCACCACCCUGGCAGUGCCACUGCGUCCCCUCCGCACUGUCCCGGCAGUGCCACCGCGUCCCCUCCCCACUGUCCCAGCAGUGCCACCGCGUCCCCUCCUCAUUACCCUGGCAGUGCCACCGCGUCCCCUCCUCACCACCCUGGCAGUGCCACCGCGUCCCCUCCCCCCCGUGCUGGCAGUGUCACCUUGUCCCCUCUGAGCGAUGACGGCUUCGACACCGACCCCGAGCCCCCAGCGCCGGACGAGCCCGCGCCGCGCCGCAGGAAGGGCUCGGCCAGGCUGCUGUUCAAGUGCCUGUGGCCCGGCUGCGGCAAAGUGCUGCGCUCCGGCGUCGGCAUCAAGCGCCACGUGCGCACCCGGCACCUGGGAGCCCUCAAAACCCCUCGCCUCCACCUUUUCAUCCCCUUUUACCCCCUUUUCAUCCCUUUUUCCCCCCUUUUCUCCCCUUUUUUGCCCUUUUUGCCCCUUUUCCCCCCUCAGGCGCGGAGCCGCUCCCUCAGCCUCAGCGACCCUCAGGCCCCUCAGCCGCCGCCAUUGCUGCCGCCCCGGCUCCUCGUGGCCUCCCCGCCCCGCGCCUCCCUCAGCACCAGAAAAACCCGCGGCGAAGCCAAGAAAUGCCGCAAGGUUUACGGCAUCGAGCACCGGGAGCAGUGGUGCACGGCGUGCCGCUGGAAAAAGGCCUGCCAGCGCUUCCUGGACUGAAUUUCACUGCCCCGUUCCCCCGUGCCCACCUGGAAUUCCCUCAGGAGUCUGGGAAUUCCCUCAGGAAUUUGGGAAUUCCCUCAGAAAUCCGGGAGUCCUUCGUUGCUGCGAGUGGAGACUGAAUUUCGCUGCCGCAUUCCUCUUUUCCCGCCCAAAUUCCCUCAGAAAUCUGGGAAUUCCCUCAUAAAUUUGGGAAUUUCCUCAGGAAUUUUCUCAUUGCUGCAAGCAGAGACUGAAUUCUGCCCCAUUAUUCCCCUUUUCCCACCUGGAAUUCCCUCAGGAAUCAGGGAAUUUUCUCAUUGCUGUGAGCAGAGACUGAAUUCCACCUCCUUAUUCCCAUUUUCCCACCUGGAAUUCCCUCAGAAAUCUGGGAAUUCCCUCAGAAAUUUGGGAAUUGCCUCGCGAAUUUGGGAAUUUCCUCAUUUGCUGUGAGCAGAGACUGAAUUUCGCCUCCAUAUUCUCCUUUUCCCACCUGAAUUCCCUCAGGAAUUUGGGAAUUCCCUCAGGAAAUCCCUCAGAAAUCUGGGAAUUUCCUCAGAAAUUUGGGAAUUUCCUCGGGAAUUUAGGAAUUUCCUCAUUGCUGCAAGCAGACACUGAAUUCCAUCCCAUUAUUUCCCUUUUCCCACCCAGAUUCCUUCAGAAAUCUGGGAAUUCCCUCAGAAAUCUGGGAAUCCCCUGGGAAAUUUGGGAAUUUUAAUUUAAAAAUUCCCAUUUUUCCCACUUUUCAACCUGAUCAAUUCCCCGUGGCAUCAGCAAAGGAGGAAAUUUUGUCCUGAGUGCUUUGGGGACCCAAAAUUUUCCCGAAUUUCCCAGAUUUGCUGGAAAAUGCCCCAAAAAUGGGACAGGGAUGAAGUUUUAGGGACAAAAAUUGGGAUUUUGAAACCCAAGAGAGAUUUUAGGACCGUUUUUGGGGACAAAAAUUCAAAUUUUAAAAAAUCAUGAGAGUUUUUUGGGCCAUUUUUCUCCUUUUCCUCCUUUUUUUCUCCUUUUUUCCUUCUUUUUUCCUCCUUUUU